AUGAAGAAACUCAGCAAUUCAACAAUCAUGGGCAAGAAGAGGAAGAAAAUAGCUGAAAACAAAGAGAACGAAAAACCACAAUUUCCUGUUCAUAGUAAUAUACAAAGUCCUAGAUCUGGAAAUGGAUUGCAGCAAUCCAAUCACUACGUCUUUGGUGUUUUUGAAAAUUCCAUCAAUUCACCAUUGAGCAUUAUAACUCAUAACUUACAAAAGAUGUCAUUGCAAAUUACAGAGACAGGCUCAGCAGAAUUGACACAACUUCGAGUUCCAUUUAAUGAUUUGACUAAUGGUAAUUAUUUGCCUAAUUGUUCUUUGGAAACCAAUUGCAUUAUGCAAAGAAGUGAAAAAAGGACGCAUGAAUCACCACAAGUUGUUUGUAAUUUAGAAGAAUUGUUCCUUAAUGUUGAUAGAGUCAAUAACGCUAAUAAUCCCCUAGAUGCUGUUACUUACCACGAUAUUGGUGACCCCACUAAUAUAUGUGAACACUGCAAUGCAAUCUUCUGGUUUGAAGAGCGUGUCAAUAAGUCUGUGCGCAACAGAACACCAAAAUAUUCAUCGUGCUGUGGACAUGGGAAAAUCAAGUUGCCCAAAAUGCGGAUACCUCCUAAAAGGACUUUUGACCUCUUCUUUACUAAAGGACAAAAACAAAAAGAAUUUCUACAACACAUUAGGAGGUACAAUAACAUGUUUUUGUUUACUUCAUUAGGAGCAAAUGUCGACAAAUCCAUAAACAUGGGUAAUUCCCCACCCAUUUUUAGAAUCAAUGGACUAAGCUUUCAUUUAAUGGGAGGAUUACUUCCGCAACAAGGAAAUAAGCCCAAAUUUUCCCAGCUAUACAUCCAUGACACAGAAAAUGAGGUGGAAAACCGCAUCAACGCAUUUAGCCUUUCACAGAAUAUCGAUCAAUUACAUGUCACUAUAGUGGAAGAUAUUAAGCAAGAUUUAGAUGAUCACAAUGUGUUGGUGAAAUCAUUCCGGUUAGCAAGAAAUCAAAUUCAAUCUAAUCCACGAUUAGAGUUUAAGAUGAGGUUGAUUGGUAAACGGAAUGUUGAUGCCAGGACAUACAACUUACCAUCUGUAUCUGAGGUAGCUGCCUUGAUCGUCGGUGACUUGGACCCCACAAUGGGUCAACGAGAUAUUUUGGUUGAGAGUAAUGCAGGUGGCCUAAAGAGGAUAAAUGAGCUCAAUCCAGCAUAUUUGCCUUUGCAGUAUCCUAUUCUCUUCCCGUAUGGCGAAGACGGUUACAGAGAAGAUAUUCAAUUCAAUGUCACCAGAAACCAACAUGGUGGUGGUAGAGUUCGUGUGUCACAGCGUGAGUUCUUCGCUUUUAUGAUACAUGAAAGGUUGAAUGAAGUAUCCACAAUGCUAUAUGCUAGGAGACUUUUCCAGCAAUUUCUGGUGGAUGCAUACACCAUGGUUGAAUCUAGCAGGCUUCUCUAUAUUAGAAACAAUCAAAAGGCAUUGAGAUGUGAAGCGUAUAAAGGACUUUCAGAUGCUUUGACCAGAGGAGAAGUUGGGACCAGCAAACAAGUGGUAUAUACUAUUGAAUUUCAAAAGCGUGGAUUACCGCACGCUCACAUUCUAAUAUUCCUACAAAGAUUGGUAAUACCCUUUACAUCAGAAACUAUGGACAAUUUCAUUUCCGCAGAAAUUCUGGACAAAGAAGUAGACACUGAUUACUACCAAGCUGUUCAAGAAUUUAUGAUUCACGGUCCAUGUGGUAUAGAAAAGCCCAAAUCUCCGUGCAUGGUUAACAAGUGUUCAAAACACUUCCCAAAGAAAUUUGUUGAUGUAUCCACUUGGGAUGACGACGGGUAUCCAAUUUACAAGCGUCGUGACAAUGGUAAAACUGUGGAGAAGAAUGGUAAUGAUAGGGUCACAGCGGAAUUCUAUAGAAGCACCACUGAUGAGCGGUCAAAUGAGGUUGUAGAUGAAAUCAGCAUGUAUUAUGAUUGCAGGUAUGUUUCUGCAUGCGAAGCAGCUUGGAGACUUCUUAGCUUUGAUGUCCAAUUUAGGCACCCUCUAGUGGAAAGAUUAAGUUUUCAUCUUCCAGAUUGCCAAUCAGUUGUUUUCGAGGAUGAUGACCGUAUAGAAAAUGUACUUAAUCGACCGACAGUAAAUCAAAGCAUGUUCACUGCAUGGUUUGAUGCUAACAAGAAAUUUGAUUCUGCUAAGGCCUUGCCUUAUAUUGACAUGCCAACCAAGUUUGUGUGGAAGAAAGAUAUUAGAGAGUGGCAUCCAAGGCAGAGAGGGUUCGCUAUUGGAAGAAUUUUUUAUGUACCUCCCGGAAGCGGUGAAAUAUAUUACUUGAGAUGUCUCCUAAAUGUAGUUCGAGGUCCUACAAAUUUUGAAGACAUUAAGUCAUAUAAGGGUGUAAUAUAUCCAACUUUUCGAGAUGCCUGCUAUGCCAGAGGGUUGUUAGAUGAUGAUAAAGAGUACAUUGAUGCAAUUAAUGAAGCAAGUCAGUGGUCUACUGCUGCAACAAUGAGGAAAUUAUUUGUCAUAUUACUUACCUCAAACUUGGUUAACCGUCCGGAAAAUGUUUGGAAUGAAGUGUGGCAUCACCUAUCAGAGGAUGUACAAUAUAACAGACAUAGAGUGUUGCAAGAUAGAGAGUUGUGUUUAUCUGAUGAUGACAAGAAGAAUUUGGCGCUGAUUGAAAUUGAGCGAUUAUUACAGUUGUACAACAAGACCUUGAGCGAUUAUCCUCACAUGCCAAUUCCAAACUAUGAUUCAGAAUGGCGAUGUGAUAAUCGGCUGUUGUUUGCUGAGCUCAAUUAUGAUCGUGUUGCAUUAAGAGAUGAGAGUGAGUUGAUGGAAAAGCAAUUGACUGAUGAGCAAACUAUCGUAUACGAUACUAUUCUACACGAUAUCCAGCAACAUAAUGGGGGCCUCUACUUCGUAUACGGAUACGGUGGUACAGGGAAAACCUUUGUUUGGAAGGCCUUAUCAGCAAAAAUACGGUCACAGGGUGAUAUUGUCAUCAACGUUGCAUCUAGCGGUAUUGCAUCUUUGCUUUUGCCAGGAGGUCGAACUGCACACUCAAGAUUUGCCAUACCGAUUGGUGUUACCGAAGAUUCCACAUGCAACAUCACUCAGGGAAGCCACCUUGCCGAAUUAAUUGUCAAGUGCAAGCUUAUAAUAUGGGAUGAAGCACCAAUGAUGCACAAACACUGCUUCGAGGCCCUUGAUCGGACAUUGCGUGAUCUGUUGCGGUUCAGUGAUCCUCAUAGUAACAAAAAAACUUUUGGUGGCAAGACUGUGGUUUUGGGCGGUGAUUUCAGACAAAGUUUUCCAGUUGUCCCUAAAGGUUCGAGGCAAGAUAUUGUUUCAGCUUCAAUCAACUCUUCUUAUCUGUGGGAUUCCUGUAAAGUUCUUAGGUUAACAAAGAAUCUAAGACUGAACAAUAGGGAACCAGGAGUUGAUAUGCAAAAGGUUGAACAAUUUGCGUCAUGGUUAGCUGCUAUCGGAGAUGGUACAAUGGGGGGUCCUAAUGAUGGUUAUGCAAACGUCGAAAUCCCUAAUGAAAUGUUGUUGCCAUCCACUGGUGAUCACAUAGCCACAAUUGUUGAUAGCAUAUUCCCAAUGUUCAAGGAGGGUUGUUGUCAGGUUGAAUACAUGGAAACUCGGGCAAUUUUGGCUCCAACACUAGAUGUGGUCAAUGCAAUCAAUGAGUAUAUGACUGAUUUGCAUGUCGCUGAAAGCAAGACCUAUCUAAGUUGCGACACAGUCUGCAAAUCUGAUUCAAGUGAUGGUAUCCUAAAUGAUAUGCACACUCUUGAGUUUCUAAAUGGUUUAAAAGCUUCUGGAAUCCCUAACCAUGCUUUAACUUUAAAGGUUGGCUCUCCCGUGAUGUUAUUGAGAAACAUAGAUCACUCGAUGGGACUGUGCAAUGGUACAAGACUAAUCAUUACCAGGUUAUCGGAUCAUGUUGUGGAAGCAAAGAUUGUAACUGGAAACAAUGCAGACAAAAUUUUCUUGAUUCCACGGAUGUCAAUGACCCCUACUGAUACAAGAUUGCCGUUCAAAUUCCAAAGAAGGGACAACUUUACGUUGCUGCUUCAAGGAUUAGAAACCCUAAAGGUUUAA